ACAUAUUUUGUAAUUGCGUAGAAAUCCUAAAAUAUUUUAAAAAGGUCAUUGGCCAUUGUCAUUAUUUUUCAAUCGUUACCGUUUAUAUUAUAAAAAAAAUUAUCACCAACCGAGUCGAGUUUUCAAAUAAGCACGUAAAGUGUAAAACCGUCGUAUUAUCGCGGGUGUGCGUCAUGCGUUAGAUAACAACGAAAACAGUAUCAAAAAUAUUCAAAAUACGCGCGUUUCACUAUACCUGCCAGAUCGUUGGAAGUGUUGGAGCACAAAUUUUCCGUAAUAACAUAGAGGAUGGCUGACAGCGUACCCGUGUCGGAUGUCGUUUGCGUCGACGACAUGGGUAAGGCUAGAGUCAUGGAACCCGUGUUGGCGGACAAGGUGGCCGGUCUGAGGGAUCAAUGCGCAGAAUUCAUGAGCGAUAUAGAGCUGUACCGCGAGUCGGUUGACACGUUUAUUGGCGUCAUGGACCAUCUGGCCAAACAGGUGGAGCGAGAAAAGCGAGAUGCGAUUGUAGUGUCGAACAAGCUGGCGUCGUUGCCUAACAAGGCGGAAGAAGAAAUCGCCAAGUUAAAAUCGCUAAUCGAACAAAAGACAACGGAGCUCGAACGUUACAAGGUAGAGCACAGAUCGCUUCAAAAAAUCGAAUCCGACCAAACGGACUUAAUACAUCGAUUAUCGUUUCAAAACUAAACACGGUUUUGGAUAAAUUGUGAGCGUCAUUCAUUAAUAUUGAAUAAAGGCAUAAAAUGAUACAAAUAAAUAGCAAUACUUAAAUAUUA